CCUUGUGGGUGCGCGGUGUGAGGGGAAGUUCCUCCAGCGCACGGACGAGCCCGGGCCGGACAAGAUGGAGGUAAAAGAUGCCAAUGCUGCCUUGCUGAGUAACUUUGAGGUGUUCCAGUUACUGACUGACCUUAAACAGCAACGCAAAGAGAGUGGAAAAAACAAGCAGAGCUCUGGCCAGCAGAAUCUGAACACAAUCAUGUAUGAAACACUGAAGUACAUUUCAAAAACACCCUGUAGGUACCAGAGUCCAGAGACUGUGAGAGAUUUCCUUGUGGCAAUGAAAGGCCAUAAGCUAACCAAAGCAGAAAAGCUCCAGUUGCUUAACCACAGGCCUGUGACAGCAGUUGAAAUACAGCUGAUGGUGGAGGAAAGUGAGGAAAGGCUAACAGAAGAGCAGAUUGAGUCACUUAUCCAGACAGUCACCAGCAUUCUGCCAGGAGAUCCUGAAGAACAACAGAGAGACUCUGCAAUGGAAACUGAAGGCAAAGGUGACCAAGCGUAGGAGGCACCUAGACCAAAACUGGCAACAAUUUCAAGCAGAAGAGAAUCAGCUUUUAUUUUUCUGCCUUUUCUCUUUUCUUCGUUGGUUU